AUGAUGUUGACAUCUUCGUUACCGCCAGCCUGUACUCCAUCCACUGGCGCCCCCAUGCCACACAAAGUGUCGGAGUACCAGCUGUACGAGAACGGCCAGUACUUGUUGAAAGAUACUUAUAGGUACAUUGGUCAGAUCCAGAAGGGGUCGUUUGGACGUGUUACACUUGCUGUGAACGUGAACACAAACACAAAGGUGGCCAUGAAGGCUAUGUUCAAAGCAAAGGAAGUUGCCCCUAUCGCUCGCCAUGAGAUUAGGGUUCUCCGUAAAUUAGGACUGGCCAACGACCACAUUUGCCAGUUGUUGGAUCACUUUGAAACGGAUGAGUUCAUUGUGUUGGUGUUGGAGUACUGUUCCAACGGCGAUAUGUAUGACAUCAUCCACCUGGGCCAGACUUCGGGCCCUCGUGCCGUGGAUGUAUGGAAUUUGGCUAAGGAAUUGAGUCUGGGACUCGCCUAUGCCCAUCUGCUUGGUAUUUACCAUCGUGAUAUCAAACCAGAGAACAUAUUGUUCACGGAGACCGGGCGUGUCAAGAUCUGUGACUGGGGUUUGGCAACUUACACCCGUUACAGUACGGAUUUCAACGUUGGCACUGAGAAGUAUAUGGCUCCAGAAUGUUUCCUCAACAGCCCCAUGAGUGUCAGCACCGCCAUCGAGUCUUACGACUGUAAGUAUGCUGACUAUUGGUCAGUGGGCGUAACAUUGUUGACCGCGGUGUUUGGAACAUCCCCCUUCAAGCCCGUGCGUGCUCACGAUGCCAGAGGUUCCGCAGACGAUUUCAGACGUAAGGACAAGUCGGUGAAGAAGUCAUUGGAGUCUGACUGCAAUUUCAAGAACUUUGUAUUGUACAACAUGCCUGAGGUGUUGUACGACAUCUACCCCACGAUGAAUGAGAACUGUUUUAAGAUCUUCAUGAACUUGUUGAAGGUUGGUGGCAUGGAGGAUGACUUGGAGAGCUACAACCGCAAGAUCGAGCUGAGAUCCAUGGAGAAGUUCAUUGAAGAUUUGGAGAGCAACUGGAAAUUUGGCUUGACAGUAUGGGAAGAAGAAGAAUUAUAUGAGAACAACGACGGGGACGAGGAUAUUGUAGUCAAUCACGACUCGGUGUUCGAUAUGGAUGAUUUUAGCGUUGGGGGUGUCGCUGAAGCUGAUAAGGAGAAGGAAAGACACAACACAGAUGGAGCUAGCUCCUUCAAACAUGAUGAUUAUGACAAAGACCAUGGGGUAGAGAACUACAAGGGCGAGACAGCUAGGGGCCGCGCUUCGAUGACGGCUAAGGAGAGCAUCUCCAUCCCUUCGCUCGUGGAGUCCUCUUACCAACCCAAGUCCUGGUAUGACUUGGAGGACGAUUUGGAUGACGCCGAGUUCUCCAAGUUGUUCAACAGCUUGAGCGUCCGGAAUGUGGAAUCGGUGGCAAUUGACGCAGGAAGAAAAGAGAGCCGGAAGAUCCACAUUUUCGAGAAGGAGCUCGUUGAGGGGCUCAGCUGGAGUGAUUACUAG